ACCACUACUUAAAGAGGUGUGUGCAUGGGACCUUCACAUAAUCAUACCUGAAGCAUUGUCAAUGAUGAGUUAUUUGCUGUGGAAGUCAGUUACUUUCUUGAGCCUGGUUUGGGCUGUUGGAGGACAAUCAAGUGGAGACUUGAGGCUGGUAGGCAGCUUCGGCCAAACAGGAGGCUUCUCUGGCAGACUGGAGGUGUAUAACAGUGGACAAUGGGGGACAGUGUGUGAUGACAGCUUUGGCUCAAAUGAUGCAAGAGUGUCUUGUCGUCAACUAGGGUACUCAACCUACACUCGAUACGGAACAGUUGGAACAUUAGGUUUCUCCCAAGCUUCAUCAACCACUCGGACAUGGCUGGAUGAGCUUCGCUGCUCAGGAACUGAGAGCAGACUCAUUGAUUGCCCUGCUAACGCUAUCGGAUUUGGAGAUUGCUCCCAUUCAGAAGAUGUGGCCUUGAUCUGUACUGCAUCAAAUGGAGACCUGAGGCUGGUAGGCAGCUCAGGCCUAACAGGAGGCUCCUCUGGCAGACUGGAGGUCUAUUACAGGGGACAAUGGGGGACAGUGUGUGACGACAGCUUCAGGCCAAACGAUGCAAAUGUGGCUUGUCGUCAACUAGGGUUCUCAAGCUACAGUCGAUAUGGAAAUGUUGGAACGCUAGGAUUCUUACGAGCUUCAUCAUUCACUCGGAUAUGGCUGGACGAUCUUCGUUGCUCAGGAUCUGAGAGCAGACUCAUUAAUUGUCCUGCUAGCCCUAUCGGAGUAGAAGAUUGCAACCAUUCAGAAGAUGUGGCCUUGGUCUGUACUGGAACAUCCACUUCAUCUGGCGUCUCGGUUGGUCUCGGAGUGGCCAUUCCUUUCAUCAUCAUCGCCGUAGUUGGAGCUGUCAUCUCAAUUAUUUUUGGUUUAAUAAGGAAAGGAAUUUGCCUGCUUGGCCUCGCACGUUUCACACGCAGGACUCCCGUAACCGUAGUUACUAAUACUACUUCGACAGAUGUAACCGUCAAAAAUAAACAAGAUGCCUGCUCACCAACUUCUGUUAACUGAAAUUAUAGACGGAGUUAAUGCCGGACUGAAAGAAUAGUGAACACUUGACAAUUAUAGUGAACAGAUAGCAAAUUAGUAUCAUGUAUAAUUAUAUAGUUGAUGUUUCAUAGCUUAAUUUCUGGCCAUUUUCGGUGUUCUGAUUUUGAUAUGUAUAUAUGUGUAGAUCUGGUAGAAAUUUUUCGACUGUAUAA